AUGGCUGUCCGUGGCACCGUUCCUCCUCCGGAUUACUACCCUUUUGAUAUUGCUCUAUCGGCCCAGCCACCGGAAGAUCUGCAGGGCUUUUAUAAAGGUAACCAGCACAUGCUGAGCAGAUCAGGCUCGCAUUAUGGCCUGGCCACAGGAGGGGUCAGGACCGCUUGGGAUCAAGGGCAAGCCAGAGCAACUACUCCUGGUCCUACGCCCGGAGCUCUUCCUCCUCCUCCUCCUCCUCCACCUCCUCCUCCCUCGGCUCAUGAGAUCAGCCGCUUGUACAGGGAUUCUCUAGCCAUCAAGAUGAUCCCAGACAGCCAGCGUAUUCGCAGCAGAGCCGCUUCACCGGCUUGCUUCGGCAUCGAAUCCAGAUUUCCGGGAGAACACUCUGUAUACACCGACGUCAACGGCCUUCCGCUGGACUCUGGAUCCACCUGCAUAGUAGUGGACCCUUCAGCUCCAGUCAUGGAUGGGACUCGAGGGAACCCUGCAUACGGCUCUGUAUCAACUCAAAGGAUGCCUUACGACCCUGCUUACGAUCCGGGCGCCGUCCAUCACCCUCCGGCGGGCGUCACCGUCGACCCCAAGAGAACCGUGGAUCCCAGUUUUCUAGCUCUCCUGCGUUCCGAGGGUCUGUCGGAAAGCACUAUAACUCUUCUCCUACAGCAAGGGUUCGAUUCUACCUCCAUGCUUGCUAUGAUGGAAGACCACGACGUCCGCUCCGUCGCUCCCAAUUUGGGCCAAGCACGAGUGCUUUCUCGAGUGGUUCUCAAUUGCAAGACGGGUGCAACCGGUGCUGCGGUUAUGCGAGGUCGUUCUAACAGCUUCACCCAUCGCAAUGAUCUCUACAUGCAGCCUCAGGGACUCGGCAUGGAUGGCAACCUCAUUCAACAGCCUCCCAGCGCCCUGCAAUCCGUCUCUCCUAGAAUGGGAGAGUUUCUCGGUCGCCGGCCAAGCAGCGCUCCAUCUCAGCAUCUCCUCGAAACCACAACAUAUCCAGGGGUUCGCUCGAUCGGAGGUCUUCCGGUCAGCCCGGGGGGCUACACCACUCAAACACGACCUUUGUACAACGCCCACACCGGCCUGGCUAUGUCCGCUCAACAACAACCUCAGACUACUCCAGGAGUGGCACCCAAGACCUUCUCCAGUACGUACAGCCCUAUGGAGCUGAUGAAGCGUCCUCCAAACCUUCCUCCUCUCUCUCCUUCUCAUAGCCCUCAUCACAGCCCUCAGUUACUGCGCAAGGGAGCAGCGCCGGUGGAGAGUGCCGUCCUUCCGGCAUCUUCAGCCCUCCAGCCUCAGAACCUUAAUCCUAACAACAAGCAAACCCGCAGAACCGGACCUCCGGUUAUUGUAUCCACCAUGGCUUCACCUGAUACAAGUAUCAGGCCUCAGAUCGUGAACGGCCCGAUGCAUCCUCGUCCUCUGGUGGCUCUGCUGGACGGUCGGGACUGUACGGUGGAGAUGCCCAUCCUCAAAGAUCUGGCAACCGUGGCCUUCUGUGACGCACAGUCCACACAGGAGAUCCACGAGAAGGUUUUGAACGAGGCGAUCGGCGCUCUGAUGUAUCACACCAUCACCCUGACACGAGAAGAUCUGGAGAAGUUCAAAGCGCUCAGGAUCAUCAUCCGCAUCGGCAGCGGAUACGACAACAUCGACAUUAAAGCGGCUGGAGAGCUGGGGAUCGCGGUGUGUAACAUCCCGUCGGCGGCGGUGGAGGAGACGGCCGACUCGACGCUGUGUCACGUGUUAAAUCUGUACCGCAGGAACACGUGGCUGUACCAGGCGCUGCGGGAAGGCACGCGUGUUCAGAGCGUGGAGCAGAUCCGUGAAGUCGCGUCCGGAGCGGCACGCAUCCGCGGAGAAACGCUCGGACUCAUCGGCUUCGGUCGUUCGGGGCAGGCCGUCGCCGUCAGGGCCAAAGUGUUCGGCUUUAACGUGAUCUUCUAUGACCCGUACCUGCAGGACGGUCUGGAGCGCUCGCUGGGUGUUCAGCGCGUUUACACACUGCAGGACCUGCUUUAUCAAAGCGACUGUGUGUCGCUGCACUGCAACCUGAACGAACACAACCAUCACCUCAUCAACGACUUCACCAUCAAACAGAUGCGUCAGGGUGCGUUCCUGGUGAACACAGCUCGAGGAGGUCUGGUGGAUGAGAAGGCUCUGACUCAAGCACUAAAGGAGGGCCGGAUACGAGGAGCGGCUCUCGACGUCCACGAGACCGAACCCUUCAGUUUUGCGCAGGGUCCUCUGAAAGACGCUCCUAACCUGAUCUGUACGCCGCACACAGCCUGGUACAGCGAGCAGGCGUCUCUGGAGAUGAGAGAAGCGGCCGCUACAGAGAUUCGCAGAGCCAUCACAGGCCGGAUUCCUGACAGUCUGAGGAACUGUGUCAAUAAGGAGUUCUUCGUCUCAUCGGGUUCCUGGGGUCUGAUGGAGCAGCAGGUUCAUCCUGAGCUCAACGGCGCCGCCUACAGGUUCCCGUCAGGUCUGGCCGGAGUGGCAGUGGGUUUGGAGGGUUUGGUUCCAGUGACCCACUCACUGACCGCUGUAAACCACCCUUCCCAAACGCCGUCCCCAAACCAGCCCUCCAAACACGGAGAGAGCAGAGAGCAUCUGAGCGAGCAAUAGCAUCAGCAUCAGCAUCAGCAUCAGCAUCAUCACCUUCUAUUGUUUUCCUUUUUACCGUUCCGGAGGAAGUGGAUGUGUUUGGCGUCUCCUCCACAGAAACACAACACGCUGAAUGGAGUUUGUUAGUUUGACGUGUUUCUUGCCUCCGUUUCUCAUCUCUGUGAAUCAUUUAAAAACAAUAGUGACGCCCGAAGCCACGCCCACUCAGCCAUCCAUCACGAUGAUUGACAGCUCAGCGCUCUGCUCUGCUCUGAUUGGCCAGAGCUCUCAGACUUCAGCCAAGGAGUGAAACACCAAACGAAAUCUUUCUCGUGUGUUUUGUUUGACUGUGAUCUCUACUAACGAACAGUUCAGAUACGGUUCAGCUUCUUUCUCGUACCAGCAGAUGAAGGGCGUUUCAUGUUUUAUAUUCAAUGAGUUUUUGGUUUUAGCUUCAUUUCACUAUAUGACUCAGGAAAAUCUCACCUCCAUAAUUAUUUUUCCCACCAAAUCUUGUUGCAUAUGAACACAUAUUUGCGUUCCUGUUUGGCUGGUGUUAGUAUUUUUAUACAGCGAGGCGUCUGGAGAUCAGUAGGUUUGUGUGGUUUAGAUGAGUGUCCUGUACUCCUCCCGUCUCGUCUCUCUUUCCUUUGGUUUGUUCUUCAGAAGGUGUUUGUUUGUCAGAAAGCGAGAUGUGAUUCAGAAGCGGGAGGUCGUUUGUUUUAUUGUGAUGAUUUGUAUUUGUUUCUUGUAUACGGUGAACUUUUAGCAUCAGUGCAGAUCAAAUAAAACAUGCAGGUUUAGAACUCUCUCUGUUUUAUGGUUAUUGCAGUAUAUGAUUCUGAGCUCAGAUUUCUCUCCACGCAUGCUUUUGAAAAUUACAUUUGCUUCAGUAUUGUCAGGUUGAGUUAACGUUGUUUUAUUGAUAAUCAUUUUCAGCUUUAUCUUUAGAAAACUUCAUUUUUAAAGUCAUGAAACAAAAGUUGCUGACGUUGAUCGGCUGGGAUUACUGGAAGAGAUAAAUGUUGAGAUUUCAUACUGACGUGUUUAUCGACGUGUAAAUCAUCAUCAAAAUCAAAAUCAAACCAAGUAAAGGAGAAAGUUUGGUUGUUGUUAGUUGGGGUUUAUU